CAGAGGACCCGCGCGUGGACCCGGCGCGACGCGCGGCUGUGGGUGGGAGCCAUGGACGCCUUCGUCCGCUUCGCCAACCAGAGCCAGGGCCGCGACCGACUUUUCAGAGCCACUCAACAUGCAUGCAUGCUACUUAGAUAUUUGUUAGAGUCUAAAGCUGGCAAAGAGGCCGUGGUAAUGAAGCUCAAGAGUCUGGAGUCCAGUGUGAGCACUGGCCGUAAAUGGUUUAGACUGGGCAACGUGGUCCAUGCUAUCCAGGCAACGGAACAGAGCAUCCAAAUCACGGACCUUGUGCCCCGCUUAUGCCUAACACUAGCCAACCUGAACCGUGUGGUUUAUUACAUCUGUGACACUGUCCUCUGGGUGAAGAGUGUGGGUCUAACCUCUGGAGUCAACAGAGAGAAGUGGCAAAUGCGGGCGACCCGCCACUACUACUAUUUCCUGCUGCUGAGCCUGGUCCUGGAUCUGUAUGAAAUCUUGCUGCAGAUGGAACGGGUGGCCCGGGACAGGGCGAAGAGAGAGAAACCAUCCCAGGGCUCUCCUGGUCACAGCGUGGUCAGUGAAGACACGGACUGGCUUCAGUCCUUCCUCCUGCUCCUAUUCCGAUCUCUGAAGCAGCAUCCUCCCUUGCUCCUAGACACACUGAAGAACUUCUGUGACAUCCUCAUCCCUUUGAACCAGCUCGGGAUCUACAAGUCCAAUCUUGGUGUCGUAGGACUUGGAGGUCUCGUGUCCUCUGUGGCCGGCCUCAUCACGGUAGUGUACCCUCAGUUGAAACUGAAGACCCGCUAGGUGUUUGGGGGCUUUAAAGGUAACAGCUUAGUGGAACAAACUUUGUCACAGGGUCUCACUGUGCUUAGUUGUUUAAUCAUGUGAGCAUCUUAUCAACUUGUAAUGUGAGAAGCGGGACCAACAAUGGAGCAUGCAGACUGAUUUUUUUAACUGCUGCAGUAACUUCCGAGUUUCUGAAUGUUUUCCCUUCAGCUAACAUUACUAAGUAUUUUUUGUAUACAUAGUAAGAGCUUAAUGUUUGCUAAAUCAAUAAAAAUGGAAAGGAAAGGCAUCAUAAAAGAUCCAAAGACACUAGGCUCACGGGUCGGGUUGUUUGGGUCCCUGAUUUCACACAGGACAUCAGAGCUGGAGCACUGCACUCCUGGCUCUGGUUAAAGCCUCCCUUCCUCCCAUCAGUUACUGUGCCCCAUCCCUGCAGACGACUGUGGGGUGGAGGGGAGCUGGCCUUCCAGCCUCUUAUCCUGUAGGCUCUGGCCAUUGCUGCAGUGUGCCCUCAUGUCCAGAGGUUGAUUCAGGAAAGCAGCGGGACCUCUGUGCUGUGGGUUGGGUCUGGGUGGAAACCUCUGGAAAUGCUGUGAGUAAGCAAAGGUGCCGCAGAGGAGACGGAGGUGAAACUGGGUGGAAGGUCACUGUGGCACCUGUCACACAGUGUGCAACAGAUAAGGAAACUGACACUAACAAACAAGACUGAAGUCAGAGGUCCGCUCUGACUUUUUGAGAGGAGUCCUCUGUGCCAUCUCACGACCUUCAGCAGCAUUUCCAGGCUCAGGAGUCCUUUGCCUUUUGCCCCUCUGCAUUCGCCCUCACCAGGCUGGAGACUUUGAAGGUUUCUUGAUAAAAAUCAAAACAAUGCAGAUUGAUUUUAUUUACAGCUACAGAACACUGCGGGCAAUUCCACAACCGUUCUUAUCAAAAUGGGAGAAUUAAAGUUUUCCUGUGUGUGAAUGUCAGUUUUCUGUGAUAAAUCAGGUUUGUUUGGGACAGCUGGGGACAACAGGAAGUGGCAAUAGGGCACUAGGAGCACUGAGUCAGUGGCAUUGCCUGUGUGCUCCUCCCAGUUCAGUGCUCCUAUUUGAGGCGUGGGGAGCAGGGAGAAGGGUGACCAGUGCCGCACCUACAGAGCCAUGCUCAUCAUCCAAGUGGAAAGGAGAGACAUGCACUGAACAGCUGCGUCCCAUAAACGUGAGGAAGAUCCUUGAAAAGCAGACUCAGGUCCUUGGCAUUCUGUUUUUAAAGUAUGUGAUUUGGGAAAGCUUUGGGGCAUUCUGAGGGAAACUAUAAAGUGGCUAAAACAAGACAAACAUGUUUAAAUAACUGUACUGUAACAUGUCAUUUAUGUCUAAUACAUUUCUAAAUAAAACUGA